AUGGUCCCCCUCUCGUCGCGGUUGCUGAUGCAGCGGGGCCGGCCCAAGUGUGACCGGCUUGGGAAGAUCCGGAGCCUAGACCUGUCAGGCCUGAAGCUGCGCUCUGAACACUUGGACCCCAAGCUCCUGUGCCGCCUAACUCAGCUGCAAGAGCUGGACCUGUCCAACAACCAGCUGGACACGCUGCCCGCCAACCUGGGCCUGACGCACCUGCGUGUCCUCCGCUGUGCUAACAACCAGCUGGGGGAUGUCACUUUCUUGUGCCAGUUCCCACAGCUGGAGGAGCUUAGUUUGGAAGGCAACCCCUUCCUGACGGUCAGCGACAAUCUGAAAGUCUCCUUUCUUCUGCCCAAGCUCCGUAAGGUCAAUGGCAAGGAGGCAUCUUCGACUUCCUCUCAGGUGGAGAACCUGAACCGGGAGCUGACCAGCAGGGUCACUGCUUACUGGCAGAAGUUCAUGGCCACCCUGGGCCCCGAGGAGGAGGCUGAGAAGAUUCAGGCGGACUUUGUGAAAUCUGCUGUCAGGGAAGUUCGUUACGGGCCUGAGUCCCUCAGCGAGUUCACCCAGUGGCGGGUGCGGAUGAUCUCCGAGGAGCUGGUAGCCUCUGGUAGGACCCAGGUGCCUGAGGCAGACAACCCAAAGAGGACUGUGGAAGCCAAAGCCACCCCCGAGCCCAGGGCCGGGCUGGCAGCCUUGAAGCGGCCCGGUGAUGACCCACUCAGCCUCUCUCCCAACAAGCGGGUGUGCACCUCCCCACCAGCCCAGGUGGAAGGCAGGCCCAUGGGCUCUGAUGGCAGCCAGCCCAGCCUGCAGCUGGAGCCCCUGCAUUUCCUGCAGUGUCACAGCAAGAACAACAGCCCCCGGGACCUGGAGACCCAGCUGUGGGCGUGCGCCUUUGAGCCGGCCUGGGAGGAGGGAACCACGUCCCAGACCGUGGCCACUUGCGGUGGGGAGGCUGUCUGUGUGAUUGACUGCCAGACGGGCAUCGUGCUGCACAAGUACAAGGUGCCUGGUGAGGAAUUCUUCUCAGUGGCCUGGACAGCCGUGACGGUAGUCACACAGGCAGGCCACAAGAAGCGCUGGAACGUGCUGGCGGCUGCCGGCCUGCGGGGCCUGGUACGGCUGCUGCACGUGCGUGCUGGCUUCUCCUGCGGAGUCGUCCGGGCCCACAAGAAGGCCAUUGCCACCCUCUGCUUCAGCCCCACCCACGAGACCCAUCUCUUCACGGGCUCCUAUGACAAGCGUAUCAUCCUGUGGGACAUCGGGACACCCAACCACGAUUAUGAAUUCCGGGCCAGCCAGCUGCUCAUGCUCGACACCACCUCCAUCCCCCUGCGGCUCUGCCCUGUGGCCUCCUGCCCGGAUACCUACCUGCUGGCCGGCUGCGAGGGUGGUUGCUGCUGCUGGGACGUUCGGCUGGACCAGUCCCAGAGGCGGAGGGUGUGUGAGGUGGAGUUCACCUUCCCCGAGGCCUCGGAGGCAUCUGCACGGAGAGUGGAUGGACUGGCCUUCGUGAACGACGAUGUUGUGGCCUCCAAGGGGAGCGGCCUGGGUACCAUCUGCCUGUGGAGCUGGAGCCAGACGUGGGCAGGCCGGGGCAGCCAGGCCACGGUGGCUGUGGUUGUCCUGGCUCAGCUGCAGUGGUCACCCACCGAGUUGGCCUAUUUCUCGCUCAGCACUUGUCCUGGUGAGGGAAUCGUGCUCUGUGGGGACGAGGAGGGCAGCGUGUGGGUCUACGACGUCCAGCACUUGCUCGACCAGCACCCUCCACUGCCAGCAGCCCCUCAGGCCCCCACGCAGAUCCUCAAGUGGCCCCAGCCCUGGGCUCUCGGCCAGGCGGUGACCAAGACCAUGGUGAACACGGUGGUGGCCAACCCCACCUUUACCUACCUCACCGCGCUGACCGACUCCAACAUCGUGGCCAUCUGGAGGAGGCUGUAG